AUGCCGGAACAGCUCAAGUCCCAUGAGGUCAACUCCCAGACGGACCCUUCCACCGCCAAGCAAUACGACACCGAGACCGACAAGGUCACACAGAUCACGGAUUUCUUUUCCUUGGCCGACAACAAGAAGAUCGGUAUCCUGAACACAUACCGUAAUGGUGUUGGCCCUGUCGGUCGCUCCAUGGCCGUCGCCCGCCGCAAUGGCCCUGACUUCCUAUUUCUUUCCAACAACCACAGCAAGAAGUUCUCUGACCUCGAGUCAAACAAGGAAGUCCAGAUCACCUUCCAAGAUAGCAAGACACAAGACUGGAUCUCCAUCUCUGGCACUGCAACAACGACCUCCAACUCCGAUCCGCGCAUCAAGGAAGUCUGGAGCCGCGCCGCGGCAGUCUGGUUCGGCGACCUGGGCGACGGCAAGCACGACGGCAGCCCUGAUGAUCCGCGCAUGACUCUCAUUGAGGUAAAGAGCAAGUAUGUCGCGUACUACAAGACAACGGUUGGUAUGCUCGGAUUUGCAAAGGAAAUGGCUGGUGCAGCUAUCACAGGUGGAGUCGCAAACACGGGUGUGCUGAGGGAGUUGAACGAGCAGGAUUUGGAGAAAGCGAGGAGCAUGAAGUAA